UCUUUGUCAAUGUCAAUGUCACAAACAGCUGUCACUUUAGAUAAUUUUCCUUCCCUCCCCUCCUCAGGAUCUUUCUCUUUCCGACAAAGUCAACCAUGGCGGCCGGGGUACUUUAUACUUAUCCGACAAACUUCCGUGCUUAUAAGGCGUUGAUCGCCGCACAGUACUCCGGGGUCGAUCUUAAAGUUGCAACGGGUUUUGUAUUUGGUGAGACAAAUAAAUCUGAAGAGUUCCUGAAAAAAUUUCCAGCGGGCAAAGUACCGGCUUAUGAAAGUGCUGAUGGAAAAGUUGUCCUCACAGAAAGCAAUGCAAUAGCUUAUUAUGUGGCAAACGGUAGUCUGCGAGGGGAGAAUGCGGAGACACAGGGCCGUAUCUGGCAGUGGGCAUCAUGGGCAGACAGCGAGUUGCUGCCCGCAUCCUGCGCCUGGGUCUUCCCCUACCUUGGUAUCAUGCAGUUCAACAAACAGAACGUGGAGCGCGCGAAGAGCGACCUGGUGGCUGCGCUGCGGCUGCUGGACGCGCACCUGCUCACACGCACCUUCCUCGCCACCGAGCGCGUCUCGCUUGCAGACAUCAUCGUAUUCUGCACACUGCUGCACGCCUACCAGCACGUGCUAGAGCCAAGUCUGCGCGACUCGCUGGUGAACGUGACGCGGUGGUUCAACACGGUGGCGCACCAGCCCCAGGUGGCCGCCGUGGUGGGCGAGCUGGCCCUCUGCGCCGCGCCCCCCACCUACGACCCCAAGAAGUAUCAGGACCUCGCCCACGGAAAGAAGGAAGGCGGCAAGAAGGACAAGAAGGUGGAGAAGAAGGAGCAGCAGCCCAAGAAGAAGGCUGAGGCCCCCGCCGAGGUCGCGGAGCUCGCCGACGACCUCGAGGAGAAGCCCAAGGAGUCAAAAGACCCGUUUGACUCCAUGCCCAAAGGCACAUUCAACAUGGACGACUUCAAGCGGUGCUACUCCAACGAGGACGAGGCCAAGUCCAUCCCGUACUUCUGGGAGAAGUUCGACCCCGAGAACUACUCCAUCUGGUACGCGGAGUACAAGUACCCUGAGGAGCUGGCCAAGGUGUUCAUGAGCUGCAACCUCAUCACCGGCAUGUUCCAGCGGCUGGACAAGAUGCGGAAGCAGGCGUUCGCCUCCGUGUGCCUGUUCGGUGAGGACAACGACAGCAGCAUCUCGGGCGUGUGGGUGUGGCGCGGCCAGGAGCUCGCCUUCCCCCUCUCCCCCGACUGGCAGAUAGACUACGAGUCGUACGAGUGGCGCAAGCUGGACCCCGCCAGCGAGGAGACCAGGAGGCUGGUGCAGGACUACUUCUCCUGGAGCGGCGUGGACGGCAAGGGCCGCAAGUUCAACCAGGGCAAGAUCUUCAAGUGAUCUCCCUCCAGCCCGCGCUCCGCCACUAUUUAUUUACGCCGCUCCUUUUCGACGAACUAUAAUAUAAACUUUUUAUUUUAACAA